AUGCCACCGCCGAACCGGCACGUUCCGUCGCGCGCAUCACAAAUACCAGUGAUAGGAUACCACCUAGAGAACCGAAGGAUCAAGCGCGCUGCCACGAGCGACGACACAUAUCUCCAACUCAGCGAGUACUCUGAUGUCCAUCAUCCUCUCCCUCCAAAGUUGAAGACUUGGGGCGUUGGUCAAGGGAAAUCGAAAUGGAGGAGGAGCAUUCUGCCUUUCCGCCAAUAUAAAAACGAAGGAUUUUGGAUUCACAAUAUGCUAGCUGAUGGGGACAAAAAUAAUUCGCAGAGCAGUGUAAACUCUGGAGCUCUGUUCGCCCCUACCAGGCCGCAGCGACCACGCCGUGAUUCUCACACGAAGAUCAUCAUCGGAUUGGAGAGCGAUGACUUUCCAGAUCCAAAACCCCCAGAAAUAGUCACUGUCGUGGAAACAUCACAGUCAUUGCGAAACAGUAACAACAACGUUGAAUCAAUGACGCCCACCCCGUUUCCACGAAGCCUUCACGAUCCGCUGAGCCCACAGAACCCGACUGUAUACUCAACACCGUCUUCGCCGGAUCCACUGAACGUCGAUCAAGGCAGAAAGAAGUCGCUCCAGCAAAUGAAUACCGACAAGCCAUGUCCACCUCUCCCUCUACGACCUCGGCCACAUCAGACACCCGCACUGGAGCAGCCUAUGCCCUCACCGGCACUGGAGCAGUCUAUGCCCUCACCGGCACUGGAGCAGUCUAUGCCCUCACCGGCACUGGAACAGCCUAUGCACUCGCCGAUACUGGAGCAGUCUAUGCACUCACCGACACAGGCGGAACGACUAGAUCCAGCAUCAUUGACGUUGUGGGAGUACAUUGCCUGGUUCGAGUCUACCUCAAUCACGCAUCCCAAUUUCGCAGACGACACGGUGCAAGAAAUUGAAUAUAUGCGGUCCUGGUUCAAGAAGGCUGGCGGGGUCAUCUCUAAAGAUCGUAUCAUUCGUGAUCUCCAAAAUGAUUGGGAUGAUAUAUGCAAAUGCUUGAACGCAUUUGGCAAACAAAAGAGUGCGAGGACUCUGAACAGUGCGCGGCUGCUGGGGCAGGUGGUGAUGAAACUUCAGUUGAAGAAGAGUGUCAGCCAGAGAUGUCAAUAGGCCAAUCCAACAUUAGUUAAC